AUGAUUGAUAUGGAUUCUUAAAAUAAGAAAAUUGAAGAUAGAUUUGUUUGUGUUGAUUGCAUAUUUGAAAACCCGUUAAUUAAGUAUUAAACAAUUGAAAAUGUUAAUAAAUUAUGGAUAGAUUAUAAUUAGGAAUCUGAAAAUAUAUUUUCAAAUUAUAAAAAGGAAAGUAAAAAUAAAAGAAAUGAUUUAUUCAAUCAAAUUACUCAAAUGAGAAGAAAUUACAAUUAGAAAUUGAAUGAAAUUAGUGAAAAAUUAAUCUCUGAAUAAUUCUUAUCAAUUCAUAAAAGCAAAGAAAUUAAUUAAAUUAAGAGGAUCUCAAUAUAAACUUUAUAAAAUGAAUAAUUAUUAAAUGAUUUAACCUUAUUAAUUGAAAAAGAAAAAGUAAAUUAAGGUUAAAAAAUGUCAAUUUUAAAAAAUAAAGAGUCAAUUUUUCAGUAAGAAAUUGAAAAUCAUUUAGAAUCAUUAAAAUAAAUUGAUUAAUUAGAUAUUUAAUAAUCAAUAGAUAUACUCAAAUAAAUACCACUUGAACGUAAUGUAAUUUUUCAAUUAUAAGAACAUAUUUCAUAAUUUUCUAAUUGUGCAUAGACUAAGGAUUAAAAUUAGAUAAAAUUUAUAAAAGAUAUCCUGAAAUUGAUCGAUUAGGCUAAAAAGUACUAAUGCUAAAUAAACUUAUUUGAUUAGACUAUUAAUUUGUUUUAAAUGCACAAUAAUACAAUAGAUUAAAUCUAAUAACAAAUUUUAAAUUAAACUAAAGAUUAGAUUAAUAACUAGUAUUAGAAUCUAUCAACAAUAAUUAAUGAUUACAUCAAUACUUUUGAUAAUAAAAGUAAAUAGAUCAAGAAAUAUUGUAGUAUUGAAAAAUUGGAAGGAGAUUUAUUAAAGUUGACAGAAAUCAAUAAAAACUUAGAAAAUGAAAAAACUAAUCUAUUAAACAAAAUGUCCAAGUAAUUAGUUGAAAAACAGUAGGAAUAUUAAAAAGUAUUAGAGGAAUAACAGACUAAGAAUUAAAACCAAAUUGAUGAGUUGACUAUCAAAUUAUAAUCAAAGGAAAAAGAAAACUAAAAUUUCAAAGAGUUAUUUGAUCAAAAAACUUAAGAAAUACUAAACCUGAAGAAAUAAAAAGAAGAGGAUAAAUUACAGCUUAUUAAAAAUUUAGAAGAUAACAAAAAAAAAUAAGUCGAAGAAAUGGCUGAAAUAAUCAAUCAAAAGGAAUCAGAGUUCCAAAAUGUAUAACGACAACUUGAUUAGAUUAAUUAAGAAAAUGUAUAAAAAGAAAUAUAAUUAAAAUUAGAAUUAGAAAAAAUCAAACAAUAUCCUAAAAUUUUAGUAUUUUCUAAUACAUACAAGCAUCCAAAUUGUUAAGUGAGUGAAGGUGGAAAAGUUGUUGAGAAUAUUAGUAGUAGUUGGUUAUAUUGUCUUUGUGAAUAAGCAAUUCCAAAGAAUGGGAAAACACUGUUUGCAUUCUAAAUGAUCAGUGGAACUUACUUUAAUGUUGGAAUAGGAUUCAGAGAUAUUAUAUAAAAAAAUAAUUAUGACCUAGAAGUUGGUAAUGGAUAAUAUUUGAUAACCCAUAAUGGUUAUACUUUCUCUCAUCAUAACAAAAAUGUUGAUAACAAAUAAUUAUCAUUCACUUUUACAACUAACGAUGUAAUAAUAAUUGAAGUAAGUAUUGAACAUAAAUAUAUCAAAUGGACGAGAUAGAAUAAUUCAUUAGCAACCGUUAUGCUAGAAAUAGAUACAUCCUUAUCAUAAGAAUUAUAUUCAUGUGUUUACUUUUAUUAGUCCAAAAUUAAAAUAUUGGAUAAUAUUCCAAAUUGAAUGUAGAAAAUUAUAAAAAAUAAUAUCAUUUAUAUGUCAAUUUUAUUUAUUUAAA